AGCUAUGCAACAGCCGGGCUCGGUGCAGCAGAAAAUCCCCUGCGCUUUCAGCACUCAGGUCAGGGAUGAGCCGGGAACCAAGCGGGCCAACCAGCCUUUCAGAGUUUUGGCUACUGGAGAGCUGAGUUUGAAGGCACUGGAAGCAGAUAUACACCAUGCAAUCGCCACAGAGAAAGUGGACGGAUCCUGCUGCUAUGUCACUAAAUACAAAGAUUUGCCGUAUCUCUGGGCUCGAUUGGACAGGAAACCUACCAAACAAGCAGAGAAGCGAUUCAGGAAAUUUCAGACUUCCAAAACCAGCGCCGCGUUCACUUGGAAUCUUGACGAUGACUUCAGGACAGUUAGCGAUUCCUGGAUCCCGGCCCAUGGAGUGCUCCAAAUAAAUGGUCGACUGCAACCAGAUGAAAACGGGCACAUUCCUGGUUGGAUUCCAGUCGGGAAAGGGAGCAAACCCUACUGCUGGCACCUUUCCACUGUGAAUUAUGAUACUGGAUUAGCUCUGGUUUUGAAACCCUGCUCAGAGAAGAAUCUUCUAGAAAUUACCAUGGUUCCACUAGUGGAGCUUCUUGAACAAACUUUGGAGGUUGUAGGAACACAUAUUAACGGCAACCCAUACGGGCUGGGAAACAAGAGGCGACCUGUCCAUUUCCUGAUUCCUCAUGGAUCCCUGCAGAUUGAGAAACCUCUGACACUUAAGCUCACGGAUCUGAUCUCAUGGUUUGUGGAAAGCCCAGAGGGGAAAGUCGAAGGCAUUGUGUGGCACUGCACAAAUGGAGUAUUAAUCAAACUUCAUCGUCAUCAUUUGGGUUUACAGUGGCCAUUGCCAGACCCAUAUUUGACUGCCCGCCCUUUAUUCAUUAAUGUUGAUCUAACUGAGUACGAGUGCGAUCUUGAAACUAAGUCAUCAUUUCUGGUCUUUGCAAGGCUCAACGGGAAGCAGUUUGACUACUUCAAAGACAUUCACUGGGAAGAUGUUGAAAAUUAAUACGUUACUGCAUCAGUCAUGAAAUUCCAGUUCAGCAAGGUUAGCGUUUGAAAGGCAGCAGUGGCUUGUGUGUUAAUAGGGUUGUGGGACUGUGGUUGGACUGUUAGGUCUGCCAUGAUGAUGUCUUUGCUCUCGGUCACUGCCCAUGGGAUGUUGCUAACCAGAAUAUUAAAACAUUUCUUUUUACAUGAACUGAAAAUGGUGAGCUGCAACAUUUUAAUGUAAAAAUAGUCAUAUAUAAUUAUGUGAAGGAAAAUCCCAAACCUGGCACAAGCUAUUUACACGACUUAUUUAUGUUGGUGGGUUAACUACCAUUUCAACAGGUGGGUGAACAAAGUCCAUGUUUGAUAGUUUAAGAUUAAUGAUCCAAACACUACAACGAACCAGACUUAUUUCCUCAAAACUAUACUAUCCUGCUAGGUCCAUGCAUGUAAACAUUGACAAAGUUAGAUUUUUGUAUUUUAAUACAGUGUGUUGCUGCUAUUUCUAUCUUUAAAAAUCUGUAACUUGGAUGUGUUGCUUUUGGAAAAAUGCAUGUAUUAAACCUUGCCCUUGGUUUGUAGGAUUGGAAACUUGGUUCAGUCACUGCUGUGUUAUUUACAGUGUAUUGGUGAUUCCUAAUUCUCCACUCUCUGCUGGA